AUGGCCGUCGUCCCGAAACCCGAGCCCGAAGACACCGUCCUCCCCCCCGCGCCCGCACCCCCACCAGCACCCACACAACUCACACACACCAAAUCCACCAAGCCCGCCCCGGCCCCCAAAACGCGCGCCGACGCCCUCAAAGAAAUCUCCGGGGUGCGCCGCGUCACCGCCUGGUCCAUCCACCGCUGGCCGCUCGAGAAGCGCGUCGUGCGGGAGCGCACGCGCGUGCACCUCCCGCGCACGUACCGCGCGCGCCACGGCGCGGACGUGCGCACCGUCUUCCCGGGGGCGGACCUGAACCAGUUCGUGCACGGGCACUAUAUGGAGGUGAUGGGCGCGGAGCGCGAGGGCGCGGGCGUGCGGAAGGCGGGGGCGAAGGGGAGGGAGAGCGAGAGGGAGAAGAGGGCGAGGGAGGAGUGGCCGAAUUAUGUGGCGGGGGAGGCGGUGUUGGCGAAGAGGCACGAGUUCCUCGGGCCAGAUCCUCGCGUGGCGGGCUACAAGCUGGACGCGAAUGGGGAGUACCACAUCAAGUGGUAUGACGCAUUUCUCAAGGACCACUGGGUGGACGACCAGAAGUGGGACUUCGACGUGCGGCUGGACGCGCGCGGGAACUGGGUCGAGGUGGACGACGAUGCGGAAUAA